AUGGAUCAAGACGACAAUAUCAGUACUUCAAACAGCAGUUACGGACAGAACACGACGUUAACCUUGGAUUUUGCCUCAGACUGUAUCCCAUGGCUCGUGAUAUCCAUAACUGAGUGCUUGGCCAUAGUCAUCUGCAAUUUGAUCACCGUUAUCGUGUUCGUAAAGCAGCGUCAGCUACAGCGUCGGAGCACAUACUUGAUCAUCCAUCUGGCAAUAGUCGAUCUAUUAUUUGGUGCAGUUUCCGGUCCUGUGAUUAUUAGUGAUCUAUUGGGGUCUUACUGUGAUUUAUGGAAGUACAAUACUGAAAUCUUUCCAUUAGCAAACCUUUUUCCAGUGACUUCUAUUGUUAAUCUCGCAGUCAUUUCAUUGGAAAGACUGCAUGCAACAUUCUCUCCAUUUAAGCAUCGCUUGGUCAAGAAAUGGGUUUAUGGAGUAGUAAUUGGUACUAAUAGUAGUAAAAGUGUCGUGUCUCCUGUCACCAUUGCAAUCUCGCCAUACACAUAUUGGUCAGUUUCUCUUUUAGUCAUCUGCAUCUGUUAUAUUUCAAUCUUUAUAAAAGUUCGACGCAGCUCUAAUCCUCAACGCCACGGUGCAAUCAACAGAGAAAGAAAACUGACAGCUACGUUACUUUGGGUUACGCUUGCAUCGUUACUGACAUGGCUGCCAUUUAUUGUAUUUAGCCUAAAUACAAACGCUCUUAACUUGAGGUCUUUCUUUCAUAUCAGGAUGACACUGGCGGCGCUAGUUGGUGCCAAUUCCUUGUUAAAUCCAAUUGUGUAUGCCCUCAGGAUGCCUGAUUUUCGAGAUGGAAUAUGUCGAAUAUUCCGUAGGACUCCAAGGCAAAUCGCUCCAGGCAGUUUACCGCGUCGAAAUCCUCUGCACACGAGUAGACUAGAUGAUGAUGCCUGA